AUCCCCCGCCCCAUUCGCUAGUCUGGAUCCGUCUAUUUCAUAGCAAAGUCUAGCUGCUCAUUUUACCUUUUUUUGUCAAUAAAAAUGUGCUGCCGUUGACUUGUUUCCGCGCCGUAUUCAUUCGAUGAUCAAAUGCAGCUAACGUAAGGGCGCUGAGGACAAUUUUCAGGGGGAGGUUGGCACAAGUCCUAGCCCCUACCUUGGAUGAGGCACGAUUUAUGAGCUAUGACACAGGCAGCAGCAGCCAAGCUGGAAACAAGGUCUUUUGGUUUUGACCUCAUUACACUUAAUCAACUAAAGUGGGGUUACUGUCAAGAUGCGUUCCAGUGUGGAUGGACAAUCCAACCUCCACGGCAGAGGGCACACAAAUGACAACAACAAUAACAACAACAACAGCAGCAUCAAUGAGAACAGUGGAAAUUCUGGUUCCCAGUAUGCUCUCUGCGCGCUGGGUGUUGGACUCGUGGCCCUUGGCAUUGUCAUGAUCGUCUGGAGCGUGGUGCCGGCAAGCCCGACUGGUAACAACAGCAGUAGUGCAGGUGGAGGAGGAGGAGAAGCUGAUUCUUCUGAAAACAGGAAAAGCAAAGCUUCCUCUGUAGCCUUUGUCCUGGUGGGCUCAGGGGUGGUCAUGCUGCUGCUGUCCUUGUGUCUGGGAAUGAGGAACAAGCAGAGGGAGCAACGGAGGCUCCAGGAAGCCCAGAACCACAGAGGUUUGACAGCCAUGGAGAAUGGGAAUGUAGAAAUUGCUGAGCAAGACACCCAACGCUAUGCUGUGCCCACCUAUGAGGAGGUAGUGGGCAGUGGCCAAUAUCCUGUCCGCCAGAGCAAUCUUCAGCACAGUUCGUCCCAGCUGCCCUCCUAUGAUGACUUGGUCCAGGUUGAUGGCGUGCAGUAUGAAUUUGAAGGUUCAGAGGUUGCUGAUCCCGGAUCACAGCCUGGCUCUGCCUCCGGCAAUACAGUUGCUUCCGCUUCAAAUCGGAAGCCUAGUAAAAGUGGUCGCAAGCUCCUACCCAUAAAAAUCCGCAGGAUCAAAUCAGAGAAGGUGCCCAAUUCUCAACCAUCUGCUGGGAUCAGUAUAGAACCUCUCACUCCACCGCCACAGUAUGAGGACAAGGUGCCCCCCCUCUGAUAAUGACUUUCAACCAAGCAUGGUGACUUCCAUCUUCCAUCAGGACUGGCCUUGGUGAACUCAUGAAACAGUCCCCAUUACAUCUUACUAGUAUUGGUAUCAAUGUCAUGUCACGCUGCACCAUUCCAACUAUUACUUAGAACUCCUGAAAUUAUUCAUCUUUUAAGCACUCGUUACCAAGGUGGACAAGCAAGCACCAAAUAUAAUUCUCGUCAUGCCAAAGUAGAUACAUGUGAUAAAAGAGAUCAUGAGGCUUCAUUUGGUAUUAUUUGUGUGCACACAAAGUUUGGAGCAGCUGUUCAAGCAACUCUCAUUGACAUCAGCAUGACGUUGGUCUGUUCAGGCCUGACACAAUCUGCAACAAUUGUUAACACACACAAACCCACUGAGUUGCUGUGAUAUCCUUUUUAGAGCUUUGUAAAAAGAAUGAGACAUCUUUGAUAAAUUUUGGCUCCUGUUCAAGGAGCCAAAAUCUCCUUCGUCCUUUCCUUACGUAAGACCAAAAUCUUUGAUGUUUAAACUUUGAAAUGGACUUUUGUAGGAAAACGUAUCAAAAUUAGUGACAGUAUUUAACUGAAACUGUAUUUUUUUUCCAGCCAAUGACAGUAUCACCACUGCACCUGUGUUCCACAAAAAUGGGAAAUGGCGCACAUUCUCACAUUAGUAAACUCCACUUGCAUGACUGAUAUGAACAAUACAAAAUGUUUAAUAGUUAGCUAAUGAGCUAUUGAACGAUGCCCGAAAGGAAACUUUGUGGUGUUAUAUGACUGUGCCUUUUCACUUUUUAUAAGCUUAUUAUAACUGGUAACACUACAUUAUUUUCAUUACACAAUGCAGUAUUUUGACGUAAAAAUGCGACUGCCAUCUAACAACAUUACCUACAUUCUUAGCGUUUAUAGACUACCAAUUCCCAACAACCACAUUCAUACAAUAAGUGCUAAAAUGAAAUGUAUUUAAUUUCAAUUCAUAUUUACCGUAUAAUUUUUUCAACAUGAGGAUUUAGCAGUGUUGUGGAUUGCUGUUUUCACAGGACUGUGCCGGUGUAGUUUAAGAUAUUUAAAGAGCCUACACCGUAAAAAAAAUUGUUUACUUGUUACAAAAACAUGAUGGGACAUUCUUUCUCCUCAGUUUACUCCCCAAGUUAGUCAUUUUCUGACUGCCCCAACCUCAAUAGUCACUAGUACCGAGCUGACUUCUACUCUUCCAUUUCACUGUAGGAAAGGAGGUAACCAAGGGAACAACAAUAGAAGAAGCACAUGAAAAGCCAAGGGCUUUGACGUGCUUUGUCAUGGGAAUAGCAGUUGAGCUCCGAAAGUAGCAGCCUAGACUACACUCAACAGACGCCCCCCCUCCCAAUCUUAUUCAAGAUGACCAACAGAGAGUGUCUUUGAGUGUGCAGCUGCACUGUUCUAAUAGCAAGACUUGCUCAUCAACCAUAGCUUGACUCACAGCCCUGUUUUCACCUCCGAGUAUGGUGGCAACGAGCCACAGAACACAAGGCCCCAUUCAGGGGAAAAUGUUCCCAUUAGCAUACACUGUUUAAUCAAUACCUACCAAAUGUCAGAUGAGACUUAACACACAGAGUGCCUCAGACAUUAUAAGAGUCCUUUUGCCUAGUGUUUGAAUGAGUCAAGUAGUUGCCUAAAUGUGGGAAAAGAGGAAUAGAUGAUAUAGGUACAUUAAGUGUUAGUAUCAAGCAACAAAACACAAUUUUUCUAUAUUAAAUUAACACUGGUCGUGUAGUACCUCAUUUGGUGCAAAAAUGCAUUUUCCAUGAAGUUAUGAUUUUAUUAUAUUGCUGUCAAUAAUGCAUCUGUGACGAUUCACAAAUGCCGAUUGCAGAAAACUUUUUUGUAGAGUAUAUUUUUCAAGCAUUUUGAAAAUAUAUUGUAAAAAACGACUUUUCACCCCUGUGAACUGAAGUUUUUAAAGAUUUUAUGGAAAUAAAAAGGAUUUCAGACAACCAUGUUUUUGUCAUCUUAGUGUAACUUCUUGAGGACAAAAACUAUACA